AUGGAAAACAGAAAUAAUGUCACCAUUUUUAUUCUCCUGGGACUUUCUCAGAAUAGGGAAACUGAAGUCCUUUGUUUUGUAUUCAUUUUAUUUUGCUACCUUUCUAUUUGGAUGGGAAAUGUGCUCAUAAUGAUUUCUAUCACAUGCACUCAGCUUAUAAGCCAACCCAUGUAUUUUUUCCUUUAUUACCUGUCGCUCUCUGACCUUUGCUACACAUCCACAGUGACCCCUAAACUGAUGACAGAUUUACUGACAGAAAAGAAGACCAUUUCCUAUAAUAACUGCAUGGCACAAUUAUUUAUCGUGCACUUCCUUGGAGGCAUCGAGAUCUUCAUUCUCACGGGAAUGGCCUAUGACCGCUAUGUGGCCAUCUGCAAGCCCCUGCACUACACCGUCAUCAUGAGCAGGCAACGAUGCAACACAAUCAUCAUAGCUUGUUGCACUGGAGGAUUUGUGCACUCUGCCAGUCAGUUUCUCCUCACCAUCUUCUUACCAUUCUGUGGUCCCAAUGAAAUAGAUCACUACUUCUGCGAUGUGUAUCCCUUACUAAAAUUGGCUUGCACUGAUACAUAUAGGAUUGGUCUGCUGGUCAUAGUUAAUUCAGGGCUGAUUGCCUUAGUAUGUUUUGUGAUUUUGAUGAUGUCUUAUCUUCUGAUAUUAUACACCAUCAGUGCUUAUCCACCACAGAGCCGUACCAAAGCUCUUUCAACUUGUAGUUCUCACGUAACAGUUGUGGUCAUAUUCUUUGCUCCUGUUCUCUUCAUUUACAUAAGACCAAAUGUGACUUUUGCAGAAGACAAAGUAUUUGCUCUUUUCUACACUAUCAUUGCUCCUAUGUUCAACCCUCUGAUCUACACACUAAGAAACUUGGAGAUGAAAAAUGCCAUAAGGAACAUGUGUCAGCAUCACUUCUUUUGGGAAAGGAAGCGAGCCCAAGGAAAGUAA